AUGUCUUCUUCGAGCAAUAGUAUUCAACCUCAAUCUGAUCGUUUGAUUCGUAAACGAGCUCAGGACUAUUUCUCAUCUAAUAAAAUAGUGACGAAACUUGAGGAUGUACUCAAUGAAAUGUUUUAUGAUCAACCAGAUGAUUAUAAUGGCUACCUGGCCAAUUAUUUCUUGUCACAAAGUAGAAAUCCGAUAAUUAAUGAUUUCUUAGCAAGUAGAUCAGUGAAUAAACUAGGUGAAUUAGCUCUACAAUUAGAAACAGUUAUUCAGUUAAGGAACAAAUCACAAUGUUGCAAAGGCGUUACGAUAACUGUUCCCCUAAUCAGUCAUGAUCAAAGUACUUCGACAACAACUGUAGGAACAACAUCAACAACGAUAAUCACACCGAAAGAAGAAGAUAAUCGGCGUCGACAAUCAGAAUAUGACGCGGCUUUAAUACAUUUAGAAAAAAUAUCGCAAAUUUUAAGAGAUGCUAAUCUGAAUGAUCAACGAUCAAUUGACGAACAAUUAUCGAAAUAUUUGAAAGAUGAAAUAGCAAUUGAAACACGACGUCAAAAAGAACAGCAAUCAACGACAAAUACUGAAGUUGAAAAUACACAGAAUGAUCCUGAUGCUGAACAACGACUAAAAGUAAAUGAACCAAAAUCCAAACAACGUGCGAUUAGCCCAAAAGAGGAAAAAACGCCAAAGUCAGGACCUGCCAAGAAACCUGCGACGAAAACAGAUACAGUUGAAUUUGUUUUGGAUGAUCCAAAAUCUAUAACAUUUCCAGGACAAUUCAUCAUUACAGCUAUUUCAUUAGCAACAUGUUUAGCAGCAAAUAAAAUACAGCAAACAUCUCUAUUUUAUACUAUAUCGAAAUUUGUUGAUAAUGAUGAAAAUCGUUCCUAUUCGUUACCAAUUCCAUGUAUUCCAAUUUUACAAAGUGGUCAAUCGUAUCCUGGUAAACAAUCAAUUGUUAAACAAUACAUGCUUCUACCGACACCAACGUUAAUGACAACAGAUAAUUGGUUGGAUAAAGUUUAUCUGGUUGCACAAAAUUUACGUGAAAAUUUAAUAACAGCAAAGGGUGGAUCAGUAUAUAAACCUGAACAAGGAAUUGAAUUAAUCCAAACAACAUUAUCAACAUUAUUUGGUCAAGAACAUUUAUUUGAUUUAGGUCUGAAUUUUGCUGCACAUGAAAUAUUCGAUUAUAGUAAAAGUAAAAAGAAAGAUGAACAGAACACUAUUCGUUCACCUAAAAAUAAACUAAAAUUAAAAAAACAGAAUAAAAAAUCGAAAUUGAAAGUAUCACGAUCAACACAAUCAUCUUUGUCAUGA